AAAAUUCAAUGAUGCGGGACAGCUGGGUGGCUUAGUCAGUUACGUGUCUGCCUCUGGGAAUAGUGUGAAGAAGAGGCAAGAACAACAUGCCCCACAAGCACCCCACCCCCCCCCCCCCCCCCCCCCCGCCAACCGACGGCGAGAAGGCCACGCCCCCCUGUAUCCCCGCCACCAGCGCUUACAUCCCACCGCAGCUGCCACCAUGCCCAAGAGAAAGGCUGAAGGGGAUGCUAAAGGAGAUAAAGCCAUGGUGAAGGAUGAGCCACCCAGAAGAUCUGCAGGGUUAUCUGCUAAAUCUGCCCCUCCACAGCCAGAGCCCAAGCCUAAGCAGGCCCCUGCAAAGAAGGGAAAGAAGGUACGCAAAGGGAAAAAGGGGAAAGCUGCUGCUGGCAAGGAUGGGAAAAACCCUGCAGAAAAUGGAGUCGCCAAAGCAGACCGGGCACAGAAAGCUGAAGGUACUGGAGAGGCCAAACGAAGUGUGUGCAUGUUAGAUGACUGUGCACAUCUGGUGACCGUACAGUUGGAAAUACUAUUUUUUAUCAAGUUUUAUAAAAAUGCAGAAUUUUGUUUUACUUUUUUUUUUUUUUAAGCUUUAUACUGUUGUUUUGGGGGAAGGGCAUAUGUCACAAAUAGA